AUGGUUUUGUGGAAGAAAGCUCAAAAUAAUCUGUGUCAUUUCUGCUUGAAUGUGCAAACACUACAACAUAUAGUGUCUUCUUGGAAAACAUCCCUGGACGAAGGUCGAUACACAUGGAGACACAAUUCAGUGCUGAAACACCUAGCAACGUACAUAUCUAGUGUCAGAAGGGACUUUCACGUUUAUGCAGACAUUUCUGGUUUUGAUAAUCCAUCUGUGAUCACAGGCUGUAAUGACCGACCAGACUUGGUAAUAUCAGACAACAACCAAAAUAUAUAUGUUAUUGAAUUGACAAUCGGCUUUGAAACUAAUAUAUGGCAAAAACUGUUUAAGGAAAAGGGAACGAUACAAGGAUCUUUGUAACUUUUUAAGAGAACGAUUUAACAAAGUAACGUAUUUUAACUUAUGCAUGGGCGCGAUUGGAGUUUUAAGUCAUGAAUGUAAACAGUUCUAUGACUUUUUGGACCGCGAAGUAAGAUUAAGCGAUAUGCAAAGAAAAUUCAUCAUUAGAAAACUAACCGGCUGCUGCAUAAGGACAAGUUAUUAUAUAUUUUGUUCUAGAAACAGACAAUGGUCUUGCCCUGAACUUUUAUAUUGGUAGGAUUCAUGCUGUCAUGUGUAUGUACAGUUAUCUUAUUUGACACUGUCUACGUUGUUACCUUACGAACGUAUUUUAAAAUAACCAUUGUAAUAGCAUUUCUGUAGAAAUUCCAUUUUGAUGAUUUGUAAAUAUUUUAAGCUUAGUUUAACAUUGUAUUCUUUUCUUAAUCUUUUGUACCAUAAUGUAGCCAGGUUGCCUAUAAUACUUUAGUGAGAGCUGGUUACUAAUAUUUGUAUGAAAUGAAAUAAAAUGUGUUUACAUUAUUAUUAUUAUUAUUAUUAUUAUUAUUUACAGUGACCAGCGAGGUGGGCAGUUAAUUCACGGUCACGGCGCUCCUGUACUUUUUGAAUAGUUCAUGUAGUUUAACUGCACUAACAUUAGUUUUGAACUUUUGGAACUUCACCUUGAGUAUGAAAGGGAUCAUUGUGGUGCUUUGUGUGGUAUUGAUCGUUAUUUUUGGGCAAAUUUUGACCUGCAAUUCAACGAUAUGUGAGUAUUGUGGAAAGGAUUUCAAAUCGCUGGGCAGACAUCAAUGGCGUUGCAAAUCACGAACUGGUGUCGAAAACUCACCUAACACGGAGAGAGCGUUUUCUUCAACAUCUGCGGAUAAUAAUACAUGUACGGUAGGGUCGACUAAUGUCGCAGGAGAAAGUUUUAUGUGUUAUUGUGGGCAUACAUUUAAUAAUUAUCGUUCACUAAAUUUACUUUGUACAGAAUAACCCGCGCUUUGCUGAACUGUUUGCUCAAAAAGAUGAUAGCAUUAGCAAAGUUCUGUUUCCGACCGAUAAGUUUAAAGUGCUAUCAGGAGUAAAACUGCCUCGAUCGAAUCUUAGUUGGAAAGCAGCUAACGAGUUUUUUCAGUCGCAAUUCAGUGUUAGACCAGAGCUGGUAGACUUGGAUUCGUAAAUUGUAUUCAUGAAUAACGUUAUGUGGUCUUACUUUAAAGAUACAUGUGGUUUGGUAAAGUCGGCUAAUAAAUUUGAACACUAUAGAAGUAUGUCAAAAUCAAAGUUAAAAAAAUGCUUAAAAGAUUUAAAAUCGGAGGCAUCUGGGAGGAAAUAAAAUUUGUCAGUAAGUUAUUGCGAAAAAGAAUACAGUCAAGCGUUAAAUGAGAACUUUUGGAAGUUUUGUAAAAAUGAAUUUGAAAACACCGAAGAGCUAGAACCAAACUUGAGCGAACAGUCGUGUUUCGACUAUUUUAAGAACUUAUUUAAGGAGAAAAGUAAAAGUCGUUUGUUUAAUUGGCCGUCCUGGUUGAGUUCAUUUCCAUCCGCAAGUAAAGAUUUCGACUUAGAAUGUCCUACGUAUCGUGAGAUCUCUAAAAUAAUCAGAAAAAUGAAAAGUCGUGGCUCUGCGUGUCCUUUCGACCAAAUAAUCAUUAUUUCGUUUCAACGUUGUCCAAUUUUAAGAACGCAUUUAUGGAGAAUUAUCUGUAAAUGCUGGAACGAAGAAAAUAUUCCAUCUGUCUGGAAGCACGCGGCGGCGAAAUUGAUCCAUAAAAAAGAUUCAACUGAGGAUCCUGCUAAUUUCCGUCCUAUCUGUCUAGAACCUGUUUUGCUAAAAGUCAUAACAUCAUUGCUAAGGAAUAGAAUCUUUAAGUUUGUUUGCGAAAACGAAUUUAUCGAGUCGGGAAUCCAGAAAGGUUUUUGGCCUGGAAUUUCGGGGACUAUUGAACAUACGGAAUUAUUAUUACAUAUUAUUAACCAUGCCAGAAAUAAGCAAAGAUCUCUUGAUCUGAAAAAAGGGUAAGGUGGGGUACAUCAUAAACUUAUACGAACUAUCUUGAUAGCUCAUCACAUUCCUGAAGAAAUUAUUGCUUUGUUGAGAAUCUCUACUCUGAUUUCAGUAUCUCAAUUUUUACGAAAGGUUUCAUUACGAAACCAAUUCCAGUGCAACGAGGCGUGUUACAAGGUGAUUGUUUAUCACCCUUGUUAUUUAUUCUUUGUGUAAAUUCUUUGAUUCACACAAUAAACGACGCGAAAUUAAAAUGUCUCGGCUAUGUAAAUAACGCAACGAUGUGCCCUAGGCACUGGUUCCAAUUUGCGGAUGACACAGCAAUAUUAAGGGCACAUGAAGAGGACAAUCACUUGCUUCGUGUUGAGAAAUGUCAUACUUUUGGAAUCAAGAAGCAAUCCUCAAAAGCAAUUCAAUACCAACCAGUUAUUAUCAUCUCGGGCAAGCGUGUACCGCCGAUUGAAUGCGAAGAGGGUUUAACUAUCUUGGAAAGCAAUUUAACUUUAAUAUGGAAUGCGAACAGAUCAAAGUAG